AAGUCCUCACCGGAGCCGGGCAUGUCCAAACAUAUCCAUGCAGACCAGACCAGCCUACCAACCUCCUCGGUGUUGCUGGUAGAGGUUGUAUCCAUCCAUUUCAUCAGAGUAGUGGGAGAUUUGAUGGAGUCGCUCUGAGGCGCACCUCUGCUAAAGACGCCCCGAGUCUUGGGCUGUGUGUUACCGGUCAUGUCUCUCCCGGUGAAGGUGAUGAGAGACGGGCUGCUGGAGAAGCGCAGCAGCGGGCUGCUCCAGCUGUGGAAGAAGAAGCGCUGCGUGCUCACGGAGGACGGGCUGCGCCUGCACAGCUGCAGAGGCGGCGGGGGGGAUGCUGCGGGCUCGGCGUGGAGCCCCAAAGCCAAGGAGCUCCGCUUCGAGCGCAUGACCACGGUGGACUGCGUGGAGUACAAGCGAGGGCUGGUGUACUUCACCGUGGUCAUGGCCACGGGCAAGGAGAUAGACUUUCGGUGUCGGCAGGACGGCGCGCCGUGGAACGCGGAGAUCGCGCUGGCGCUGGUGCGAUUCAAGAACCUGCAGGCCGUGCGGACCGGGAGGAACCGGUACCUGUCCGCACACCUGGGAGCACACCUGGGCACACACCUGGGAGGAGCACACCUGGGCACACAUCUGGGCAGCACAGGGGAGGACGAGGAGCUCUGACCUGGUCAUGGUGACAACACACUCCUCUCAGUCUUCCAGCUCCUGGGGUGUGAACCAAUCAGAGGAGAGAAGAGUUCACCAGAGCCCAUGGGUUUCCUUUUGUGGUGCACAGCAUCACAAGAUGUAGAGAAAAGCCACGAGUGAAUAUGCAUCAAAAGACUGAGAGCAAAGGCACAAACACUCUUCUUGUCUUCCUCCAUGAACCUACUGUCAUACACAGCAUAGGAAAUUGAUGUGACAACCGUGGAUAACAGCUUUUUUUCUGCCAUGACUUCAUUGCUUGAGGUCAAUAUGGAGACUCCUGCAGGAAGAAGAAAAAAAAAAAAGGAUGUCUUUUGGACAAAAAUGGAUCUGGAUUACAUUUUACCCUCUGUGCCUUGAUGUUACAGAAACUAUUCCCUCCUUAAGACAUUAUUUCUAGAGAGGCACCUAUCCAGCAGCUGGUUAUUGGAAUCAGAAGAUACCCGUCUAGUUGGGUCUGACCAGACUAGUUUUUGCUCAGUACAUGCAUCAUUUGCACAGCCAUGACUUUGUUUUUGUUUUUUGUAGGGGCAAGUUUUUUUGGAGCUAAUGCAUCAGCUUACACAUUUCUGACACAUGCACAUUUUAUUUCCAUCAGUAAGAAUUUCACCAUCAGUGGAAAGUGAGUUGUAUUUGUACACACUCUAAAAAUAAAAAUAGAGUUAAGGGAGCACACAGCCUGCAGCCUCUGCUAUCUUACAUUGUUAAUAAGUUAAAUACAGUUUAUUAUAAUUCUAAGAAAGAAAAUUUGACUUCAGCAGGUCAAACUUAUAAGAAAAUGAGAAAUUGGACUCCUAAAUGGUGCAUCUCUAAUUAUUUACACUAUUUUCAAGCUUUUGAAUCAGUAGUUACUGUAUUUCCGUCAUUUUUUUGAUUGAAUCGCUUGCUUUGCAAACUUUUGUUCCGGACUGAAUUGAUAUGAGUCACUCUCGGAAGUUUCACAUGAAGAAUAAAUGUUCUGUUCAUAUUUGCUGCAUAUUCUGUUCUAUGUAUUUUCUGAAACCAUGUACAGUAUUAGAU